AUGGCAGACAACCGGAGCUACUCGAUGGCCAGUGACCUCAGUUUCUUCAACAAUAGCGGGCUGCCUACACCCGGCCUCAGCCCACCUCAAUUUACCCGAUAUCUGUCCCCGGCCCAGCUUGAAGCUCGGCCUCUUUCGAGACACUCGUCAUGUCCGGUUGAUCCAUCUAAGCUACACCCCUCAAGCUAUGCGGCGCCGCUGUCUCGCAACAUCGAGACCGGCCUGGACGAUGAAGAGUCAGUGUGCAUCAAGUUGCUCGCUCAUCUCAAGAAGCAUUCGUCUGAUGAAUCGCAACCACGGGAGAUGCAAGUCGAGCUCUUAAAGAAGAGCAACGCUGCCGUGCGAAGGAUAUUGCGCAGUAAAACGGUUCGAACUGACUACUCGUGCCACUUACUGCUCUCCAACAUUAUCAAUCACUUGGUUCGAUUAUGUGAGCGAUUGUGUCAGGGCCGACUGGAUGAUUGCGGCCUGGGAAAUAUGGAGUGCCAGUUUCUACAAGAGCAAGUCCACUUUGAGGGCAUGCCUGGCUUCUUUGAUACCCCCGUUCCGACCGUUGUCCCGGGCCCGGACCAGGACCUGCUGGGGAGUCUUGUUAAAGAGGUAAUCGCGUUCACAUCGAUAGUGGGCGAUUUCUUGAAGAAGAAGCCCAUUUAUGGAUUCCAACAUCUAGGACGGCACGAGACCUUUCAUGUCGAGUUAGAACAGAGGCUGAAAAAGGCAACUGUCUUGCUACAGUCGUGA